UAACACUGACACGGCUGGCUGGUUUUAAUAGGGAGGUAGUGGAGAGAGGGCGAGGUACAGCGCACAGCACAGCCGACACCUGCAAACACUUGACUGGACUCGUACAGAGAGGGAGCGCGUCUGACUCUGGAAUACUAACGGAUUUGCCCCCCUUAUGAUAUUGUGAAAAUGACAGUGCGACUGGAAAUGGGAAAGUUUGUUUUUUUGAGCUCCGCGUAAUUCUCAAACUGUAACUAACCGGUUUCUGAACGCUUGCUAGUAGUAGCUACUUUAACUGCUGUGACUAGAAACUUUGGCAACUGAGAAACCACGAAGAAAGAACUUAAAAGACUACAAACAAAUGGACAUUGACACGUUUAUUUGUGUUUUGUGACUGUUUUCCUCCGUAUCGGACAGCUGUGUGCCACGGAAUGUAACAUCUUCCAUCUUAAGUUACCUGGACAAAUCUCGGUGGAAAAACUUCUGCCAUUAUCAUGAGCAUGAUGCAAACCCUGCUUCUCAUCCUCAGCUUGUGUUUCUGGGGUUGUAAUGGCAACGUCCGCACAACACCACGAGUGCACCUGUCAUAUAAAGAGUUACUGGAGACAAAAACCAUACGGCCGUUCAGUUUCUCCUUCAACACCAGUGACUACCGAAUUCUGCACAUGGACCAAGACCAAGGACGGCUCUACCUGGGCAGCCGUGAAUAUCUGGUCUCUCUAGACAUGCAAAAUGUCAAUAAAGAACCUCUUAUUAUUCACUGGCCAGCAACAGCACAGAGAAAAGGGGAAUGUAAAUUAACUGGCAAAGGUGGACAGGGAGAGUGCGCUAACUUUGUGCGUCUGAUUGAGCCGUGGAACAGGACUCACCUGUACACCUGCGGCACUGGAGCUUAUAAACCCAUCUGCACCUUCAUUAACAGAGGCUGGAGAGCUGAGGAAUACCUCUUCCGGCUUGUUCCUGGUUAUGUGGACUCUGGAAAAGGAAAAUCUCCUUAUGAUCCCCGGCAGGAGAACGCAGCAGCUCUCAUCAAUGGGAACCUGUAUGCUGGGGUACAUGUGGACUUUAUGGGUACAGAUCCAGCCAUCUUCAGAACCUUGGGAGACCGUCCCGCUGUCAGAACCGAGCAGUACGACUCCCGUUGGCUGAACGAGCCAGUGUUUAUAAAAAUCCAGAAGAUUCCAGAUAGUGCGGAGAAGAAUGAUGAUAAGCUUUACUUCUUCUUUCGGGAGAAGAGCUUAGAUGCUUCGGGGGGCAGCGCUCCGAGCGUCAUCGCGAGAGUUGGCCGAGUCUGUCUGAAUGAUGAUGGAGGUCAAAGGUCACUGGUGAAUAAGUGGACGACAUUCCUCAAAGCACGACUGGUCUGUUCUGUUAUUGGUGCAGACGGUGUUGAGACUUACUUUGAUGAACUAAGGGAUGUUUUCAUCCAGAGGACCCAUGAUGAACGGAACCCCAUCGUGUAUGCUGUGUUCUCCACAGCUGGCUCUGUGUUUAAAGGCUCUGCUGUGUGUGUGUACUCGAUGGCUGACAUCAGAAAUGUCUUCAAUGGACCCUUCUCUCACAAACAUGGUCACAACUAUCAGUGGACACCCUACACUGGCAAAAUCCCUUACCCUCGCCCAGGCACUUGUCCUGGAGGAACAUUCACCCCUGAUCUCCACACCACUAAGGCCUUCUCUGACGAGGCUGUAAACUUUGUACGCGCCCAUCCGCUGAUGUAUCAACCUAUAUAUCCGAUACACAAGCGUCCCCUGGUGGUCAGGACCGGAGUUGAUUACCGUUUCACCACCAUUGCUGUGGACCUGGUGGAUGCUGUGGAUGGAAGAUAUGAGGUGCUCUUCCUGGGCACAGAUCGUGGAACAGUCCAGAAGGUGAUUGUCUUGCCAAAAGACAUCAGCACAACAGAAGAGCUCGUUUUGGAAGAAGUCGAGGUUUUUAAGACUCCAGCAGCUGUCAAAACCCUCAAGAUUUCUACUAAAAGGCAACAGUUGUACGUGUCCUCAGAAAGGGGUCUUACCCAGGUGUCCCUGCACAGAUGUGCCGUUUAUGGCAAGGCCUGUUCGGACUGCUGUCUGGCCCGAGACCCUUACUGUGCCUGGGAUGGAGAACACUGCUCUGCUUUCACCCCGGCUACCAAGAGGAGAAGCAGAAGGCAAGAUAUCAAACACGGAGAUCCCUUAAGGCAGUGCAGAGGAUUCAACGCUAAAGUAGAAAAGCGUCUGAGAGAGACGGUGCAGUUUGGAGUUGAGGGGAGCAGCACGUUUCUAGAGUGCCAGCCGCGGUCCCCACAGGCCUCCGUCAAAUGGCUCUGCCAGAAGGACGGCAAGCGAAAAGCACUCAGUCGAGACAAAGAGGUCUUGAAGACCGGGCAUGGCAUCCUGCUGAAAUCUCUCGCCCAAUCGGAUGCCGGCCUUUACCACUGUCUGGCAACUGAAAACAACUUCAAACACACCGUGGCACGCAUCUCCCUGCGGAUCCUGGACCGGGAGAUUGUGGAGGCGCUGACCGAGUCAGACGUCUCUGUAGAACCAGAGCACCGCCGCCACCAUUCCCAUCACAACCCUCCACCCCCGCCCCCUCAGUCCCACCUACCUCAACUCCAGCUCCACCCGCAGCCUGAAGUGCGUCUCAUCAACCAGUACUGCCAGUCCUACAGGCAGCAGAUACAAAGCCAACCACACAAAGCCAAACGCAACAACCGCAGGCACACAGGAGAACAGGAAGAGGAGGAGCUGCAGGAGCAGUGAAUGGAGCAGCAUCUGGGACCUUGUUGACCUUGUCCAGUCCAUGUGCCCUAUCAUUACAGUAUGUACUCCCUCCAGGCAAACUCCUAUUCAGUCCCUUUAAUAAAAUGAUUCAUUAGCUUAGAUUGAUUCAUUAGAUGCAUCAGACUGUCUGAACUAAAUAGAUUUUCAUUUUGAGGUACAGUUUGAUACAUUUAACUCCCCUAACUAAUAUAAAUAUGGCUUUUUGUGUGCUCACUUCCAUAGUUAGUGGUAAACUACUCCGUUUUCUAAAUAAAUUCCUUAAAACAUUCAGCGGCACCUGCAAAACUACUGCCGUAUUAUGUUAAAUAUAAGCUAUUCCCUUUUAAAAUUCAGUUCACAGAUGAGUGCAGUGUAAAUACUAUCAGAAACAUUCGGAAAUAUGUUUUUGCUUUGCAUUAUAGAGGCAUCAAAAGAUUGCAGAUCUCUAAACAGCCUGAAUAUUAAUUGGAAUAAAUAUUCUUGUACAUUUUAAGAUCCUUGGAAGUACGUAUCUGCAAGACUGUUAAUUAGCACAAUAUAUCUUCCCAUCAUUUUGACUACUGAAGUUUUUACUUUUGUUAGCAUUUAAAGUUUUUUUUUUGUGGAGUUUUCCAUUGGAAAGUCCUUUAAAGAACAGAUCAUUUGAAUGGAGGGCUAGGAGUGACAAUUAAAAAUAAAAUGAAUAUAUAGUCAUACAUGCAUUUGAGCUUUGAUUUUAGUCUUGACCCAUGACAGAAAUUGAAAGCCUAGAAUUGAUAAGCAACUUCCACCGAAAGUGAUAUUUCUGUAUCAUUUGCACGGUUAAACAUGUUGUUUCAGAUAAAACUUUACAUUGAUUGUGAAUUAAAAAUGAUUGAAAAUAACUACGUUGGUCAUUAGAUUAAAAAUACAUUUAAAUUAUUAUUUUUUUUACAUUACAAAUAUGUGGGUUAUCAAAAUAAUCAUCUAAUAGUAAAAAUAUUAUAAUACUUAUCUAAUAGUAAAUAAUAAUAUAAAAUGUUGUCUUCUUUUUGUAGUGGAACAAGCCGCUCUGGUUUCAGAAUUUGUAACAUGAUUGGAUCAUUGCCAUUGUUUUAUUAGGACAGUACUUUGGACCAAAAUGAAAGUCAUGGGAUUUGCAAAAAUCGAAAUGUUCAUAGAAAUUGUGCAUCAGAAUCUCUCCCUUGUAAGGACUGAAAUCAGAUAUGGCUGUUUUGUGAAAAGCCUCGAUACGUACUUCGCAUUGCAGUUGAAAUUUUUCAUCUUUGAAUGUGAAAGCAACCAAAAUACAAGUCCGUUAUCCUCUUGUUGGUCUUGUGUUGUUCGUCCCCCAACAAACGGAGCUUCCCUGAUUUGAACGGCUGUAUAGACACCUGGUCUCUUCUAUCUUUGACUUUAGACUCUGAUGAAAUGUAGUCGGACCACUAAAAACAUUUUCAUUCUCAAUCCAUAAUCAAAUCAUGUUGUAUUCCACAGUUUGUCAAUGGUGAUAUGUGGUCAUGUUUUUUGCUCGUGUAUAAACACAGUAUCUGUGCUUUGUGUUGUGUGACAAUGACACAUGUACAUAGAAAUUGUAUGUAUUUGACUAUAGUCACUGGUCAGGAUUAAAAACUAACCUCCUCUCUUUCCUCAUCUCUCCCCGUCACCCUCUUUCUCUCACCCACACCAUACAACAUAUUUAUUGUGAGAGUGUACAUAUUCAUGUGAGUUGUGCUCUUUGGUGGUGGGACAGGGCUGGUUUUAAUGGAAAUUGUCAUUUUAUGUAUUGUUUAUUUACAGGACCAGGACACAUGGAGAGAUGCUGAUGAGAAAGAGGUAGAUGUUUUUGGAGAAAUUGUAAUUAGUAUUUUAACAUUGAAACACAUUUAAUUUAACCUCAAGGUUCUCAAGGAAAAAAAAAUGGGUGGAAAGCUGUGGAAAUGUACUAAGCUUUGGGGGGCACACAACGCAAACUUGCAGAGUGUUUCAAGCCAGAAAUGUCUACCUCUUUUAGCACUUUCUAUGGAAAAUCACUUCGCACCAAACUAAAGGACAAAGGCAAAGGAAACGUGUUGUAUAAUUUUUUUCUGUUAACAUCUACUUUGUCUGGCCCGUUAAUGUCAGAAUGUUUUAAAGGAUAAGAGACUCUCUUUCUCUUCUUUUGGGUGUUAGUGGUAUAUUUAUAAUGAAAGUGCUCCGUGGUUUUAACCCCAUUCAUGUUAUCUGGUCUUGAAGGGUGGAGAACAAACUUUAAAGUCCAAACCACAAUACUUUCCUCUCCACAGAGAUGUUAUUGUGCAGAAUGACAACGGAGUCUGUCUCUGCGGGAACUUAAAUGCCACAUAGACUUUCUUUGUCCUGUUGUGUCUUUCUUUUGGUGUUGGCUGUUGAACUAAAAAGAAACUUCCUAAAUAUGGUUGCUUCCUGAAUAUUUCCUCUUUGUAUUUACAGAUGUUUGUGUAGAUUCAUGUUAAUGUGAUUUUUUUGUGAUAAAUAUUAUUGUAUUAUCAUGGUAUUCUGGGGCUUGGGAGUCCUACUAGGUGUUUUUUAAAGCAAUAACAAUAAACUGCUGUUUUUUU